AUGAGCAGCCGCUCGAAUCGUCCCGCUGCACCAUUCACAGCAGUGCAAAAGCGGAGCUUCAAAAGGGCCUGCCGCAGAGCGAUUUUGAAUGGGUCUUCGCAUUAUCAUGGCAGCUGCAUGCGCGUCGAGGACUUCCCACCAGCCUUGGUUCAGAAGCUUCAAGCGGAAUCCCCAUUGACACGAUGCCCACGGACUCACAGCACUGCGGCCCCGCGUAAGGGCCGCCUGACCUGCCUACAUUGGAAUCCUGGAGGACUGGCUCAGUCCACGCUUGCUGAAAUACGACUAUGGCUGCAACGACAUCCGGUGGACAUCGUUGUCUUAACGGAGACGCGUUGGAGCUUUUCAUCCACUUGGACUGACAAAGCAUGGAUGUAUGUGCAUUCAGCUUCUGAUGAUUACAAAAGUGGGGGUAUAUUGAUCAUGAUCUCCAGACGUUUGGCAUGCCCGGAACAGCUUGGCCAUCAGGCCAUUGUGGAUGGACGUUUAGUCCAUGUCAGGGUACACUUUGACUCCCAGGCGCUGGACAUCCUGGCGAUUUACCAGUACGUGGACAACAGGACAAUGAUCUCAGCUCAGAAGAGGGAACAGGCACGACUCCGCGAAAUCUUGCAACUGCAUGGCCUCACGGCCAUCAACACUUGGGGAGCAUCAGGACGGCUGGUCUUCAGGAGACUCAAGCAUGGCACUGCCUACGCCAACAAGUUGUCGAAGCCGUUCAUGCGGAUCAUCAGGCCUGGCAUUCCCGCAGCCGAUAUCAAGUACUUCAACGUGCACAGCAGAAAGCUAUCCGCCAGGGGUCCAGAUGGCACAAUAGCUGAUCAGUACAUGGCCCAUUCCCUCACAGUGGCAUUUGUGAAGCAGAUGUGGCAAGGCCCCAGCCGACUGCCAACUUACCAUGCUGCCCCGCCGGGGAUUCCUUUUGAGCUUGAGGAAUUGGUCGAGGCAGUGGCAAAGGAUUUCUUGUGUCAAUUGGAUUGGACUCAGCUUCAAGACCUGUUGCAUCUCAUUCACAGUAUGCAAGCGCAUACACCGGAGGUGCCCAUAAGUCCCUGCCCUGACGAUCCGAUCAGAGUGCAGGUGCCCCCCAUGCUGUCGCCAGAGCCCACGGAUGUGCGGCUCACACCCAUGUCAGCCAGGGACACUGUCCAUCGACACUUCCAGGUGACGACACAACCGUUCUGGCCUGAGUUAGAACGCUGCCUGCACCAUGAUGACUGGCCCGGCCUUUGUCAGCUAUCAGUGGGUUUGGAACACCUAGUACACCACUGCGCCAUCUGUGGAACAUGGUGCAAUCGGUUUCAGGAAUUGCAUAGCCAUUACCGCCUUUACCAUGAUGAGCAGCUGAAAGGUGGGGUAGUCAAGGGUGCCCAACUCACACACGUGAUGCAGCUGGUCUCACCCUGUGCCCUGUGCAACAAGCAGUACAGCCGGGUCCACAGCUGUCCAGUGACUUUACAAAUUGGCAUUCUCCGUCUUCAGAUGCAGGAGCCAGAUAUCCGUGCUCAGCAGGAACUGACAUGUGAAAUUUGUGUUCAACAGUUUGAUGAUCAGGGGCAAUUGUAUCAGCACAUGGCCAGGGACCACAACCAAACCUUGAGCGAUUGGGUCCCAUCAAGGGACUCUGUCCAGGGCAGUGAUCAAUGCCGUCACUGCUCCAUGCAGUUCGACAGCCGCUCUGGUUUGAGGCGCCACAUCACUGAAGGCAGAUGCGAAGCAUUUGACCCGCUGGCUUCUCACAACCCAACGGACAAUACAGCCAAAUGGAGUGCCUGGCUUCACCAAGGGGAUUUUUCUCCCACUGGCCUUUCUGCUCACCAACGGCUUCAGUUGACCACCACCUGUCAGUUCUGUGAGGCCAAGUACAUGCGCACAGGUGAUGUAGUUGCACACCUUCUCCAGUCACAUGGACCACUGUGGAAUGCAUCGCAACCUAUGCUGAGGUAUCUUUUGCAGGUUGUCAUGGCCUCUCGCGGCUGCAUCUGCAACCCACAGGCACAUGAAGUGGGCCUUGCACACAUUUGCACACCACUGCGUCAGGUUGCGAUGAUGAUGGCCAACAGCGAUGUGCAGCUCUUGGUACCGACACAGUUUCAUGUGGACACAUUGGCCCCUCUUCUUGCGCCGUUACGGGAUGAAGCACUGACACAACGGAUGAUUGCCUCGCUGGUUGCCAGGAAUUUUGCCCAACUCUGGACAGAUACUGCGGUCGUACAUGCUCUCAAAUCCAGAUGUAUGGCAUGUGGAGGCCACUAUCAACCUGCAGAGCUACUGCGCCACCUCCUCACGGUCCAUCCCCAAACAUGCGCGUGGGCUACUCAGAUUGCCUUUCAGCUUCAUGACCUCUUGUCCCAGCUGCAAUUGCCAUAUUGCUGCAGCCAAUUCAUGGACGCUCUGAUGGAUCCCAACGAUCAGGCCCUGAUGGAUGGAUUGGCAGCUCUCGGCCCCCUUCUGUUGGGCUCACGGAAGCAUCACGAGGGAAGCGUCGAAGAACAGCAUCCCGAGCGGCACAAGGCCAAGGCCAAAGAAGAGCAAGACCACGACGGGCUCAACAAGGAGGCGAUCACAACACUCCUGCGGCUGAUGGGCCAACUUCUUCUCAACCACGAGAGGAGCAUCCAGCUCAACCAGCGACAGGACUGCUUCGUUUUGUUCUGCCAAAAUCGACCGGAAGGCAUUGUCCCCCACCUCACGAUGUUGGCCAGCAAGUGGCGGGAGGAAUGGCCCCAGCAGAAGGACAACUUGAGAUGGCCCAACCUCCGGACCUACCUGAUGAAGGGAGUGAUCACAGAACUCCUCAGGCGAGUCCAGCAGCUGGCAGCCACCAAACCAGGCGACCAACUUUGGGACGUGGCGGUGAGCAAGGGAACAAUUCACCCAGAUGGGAGCUGGGGCUAUCAGAAGUGGUCACAGGAGACGAAGCAGCUGAUCAAGGCCUCCCGCAGCCCGGUGGCCAUGGCCCGGGUGAUCCGGGGCCUUCAGAUCCUGGAGGGGCGAUUGCAGAGCAACGCGCACGUGGUGAGAUUUCAGAGCCUCAAGAACACCCAGAGCAGCCAGGAAGCCAUCCCGUGGAUCCUUCAGAUCUCGCAUCGGGAAGCCGAAGCCUGGGAACUUUUGGUGGAACUUUGCCACAACACAGUGUGGUCGCAAGACAUCCCAGAGUCCUUAGAUGCUGCUUCCAGACAGAGCCUGCGAGACCGAGCCCUGAACCUUGCCAUGGCCAAUCCGGGGAAUGACUGCUAUGCCAAUAGCGCUUUUGUGAGUUUAAUCUGGGCCACCUUAUCCAGAUCUGCUUUCGUCUUUCAAGACUGGGGCGCACGAUCAGCCAUCCUCCAACAGACCCUUGAACUUGCAGAUGGGACCCUUUUUUCAUUGGAAAAUGCUUCAUGGUUUCAGCACUUAUUAGAGGGUUGGAAUGAGGAUGGGGAGCAGGCUGACAGUGCGGAGUUUGCACAUAUGUUGUCCAGCUGGACUGCAAUGCCUGCCAUUUCCAACUGCUGGGAGCGCCGUGUGCAGACAGAACAAGGCCUUGUGCUCCAUGAUGCAGGUGACAAGUUCAUGCCAUUGACACUGCAAUUUGAUCCCCAACUGGUCGAUCACCAUGAAAUUCAGCUGUCCACAUUGCUCAGGACGUGGCACACCGAGCUUGGAAUGUUGGCUGGUCUCACGGACCCUGAGGACCUGCUUCUUUUACAUGUAGAUCGCAUGAUACAUGCUCCUGAUGGCACAGUCGUCAAGUGCCAAGCAGCCCUCAGGUUUGGAUGGGAGGUACAGAUACCAGUGCUGGGGCCCCAUGCAUGCACAUGGAUGCCAUACACAGUGAUUGCCUGCAUCGCUCAUCUGGGAGGUGCACACAACGGUCACUACCAGGCCCUCCUGCGUACCUAUCCAGAGGUUUCGGAUUUGGCCAGCCCCUCAAUGUGGAUGCUUUGCGAUGAUGGGCACUCUCCACAACGCAUCCUGAACGUGCCUGAGAUUUUUGCACAGGGCAUCACGUGCCUAUGGCUGUGCCAGACGAGCAAGGCCGACUUUCAUCGAUUGGCGCCGGGCCGUGACACAGCUGGCAUCGACGACACUGAUCUCUUGGCCCUUUUGGCCACACAGCCAGAUCCUGAGCCGUGA